AGAAAAAUUAUACCUUCUCUCUCCCAAUGAACACCAUUGAAUAAAGCAUGAACAAGAAGGGUUUGGCCAUUUUGAUGCGAACCAGAAUGAGGCCGAACGAUCGUACCAAGCUCUCUCUAUCUCCUCUCUCUAAUUCUCAAGGAGAUCCGCAAGGAAAUCAAUCCAUUGGACGUAUUAUAAAACACGCACCGGUCGAAGGAAACGAAAAGCUCAGCACUGAAAGGGAAUUUGAGCUUGUACGUGAGUCGAUGCACUCGGCUAUAUCGAUGAAUAAAACAGAAGUUUUAGACGCGGUGCUUAAUGAUUUUUCUUCGGGUUAUUUUAGCCUCGAUUAUGAAAACCGCCGGCGAUUAAUUCUAGCACUUGCGAAAGAGUGUGAUCUUAAUAGGACACAAGUCCGUGAACUGUUAAAGCAAUAUCUCGGGCUUGAGCUACCUAGCGGCGAGGAUGCUCAAUUUAGUGGGCUAGAAGAGGAAGGCCUGCUCUCAGCUUUCUAUCGUAUUGAGCGUAAUUUGAGACAUGCUCUCAAGCCGUUGUACGAGGUUCUCUUUGAGCGUCUCAACACACACCCUGGAGGGUUGAGGUUCUUGUCCAUUCUUCGAGCAGAUAUUCUUUCCAUUCUCACAGAGGAAAAUAUUGCAUCUUUGCGAGCAUUGGAUUCCUAUUUAAAGGAGAAACUUAGUACGUGGCUUAGUCCUGCUGCCUUAGAGCUUCACCAAAUUACAUGGGAUGAUCCUGCUUCUUUGCUGGAGAAAAUCGUGGCUUAUGAGGCAGUGCAUCCAAUCAGCAAUCUUAUAGAUCUAAAGAGGAGACUGGGUGUUGGUCGUCGUUGUUUCGGAUAUCUACAUCCGGCAAUACCUGGUGAACCCCUCAUUUUCAUUGAAGUUGCACUUCUGAAGAAUGUGGCUCAAACAGUACAGGAAGUUUUGUGGAAUGAACCCCCAAUACCUGAAUCUGAGGCUACCUGUGCAUUAUUUUACUCUAUAUCAUCAACUCAGCCUGGCUUAUCGGGGAUCAACCUAGGGAAGUUUCUUAUUAAACGUGUGAUAACACUGGUGAAAAGAGACAUGCCGCAAAUAUCUACAUUUGCAACUCUCAGCCCCAUCCCUGGUUUCAUGCAAUGGCUCCUAUCUAAAUUGGCAUCUCAAUCAAAGUUUGCUGAAGCAGAAGAUAUGCCACAGUCAUCAGCAGAUAGAUGUAGUUCCACUUUCCGGGAGAACAUACUUGAACCAGAGGAGGAAAAGGCGCUUAUGGAUUCCUCUAUGGGUAUUGCAGCUGGGACAAAUGGCAUGGAAGUGAUGUUGAGUUUGCUGACUUCAACAAACCAUGAGUGGACCAAUUCGGCUGAGUUUCUUUCCAUAUUAAAACCCCCUUUAAUGCGACUGUGUGCCAGGUACUUUCUGCAAGAGAAGAAAAGAGGAAAAGCUUUGGAUUCUGUUGCAAAUUUCCACUUACAAAAUGGAGCGAUGAUUGAAAGAAUUAAUUGGAUGGCAGACCGAUCAGAAAAAGGUCUUCAUCAAAGUGGGGGCAUAAUGGUAAACUAUGUAUACCGGCCAGAGAAUAUCGAAGAGUUUGCUCAGUCAUAUUUCAGCAAAGGGCAUAUCCGUGCUUCAGCCGCCCUCCAUCAGUAUGUUCAGGUAAUAUGUUGAGCCGUUGAAGGAAAAUGAACAAAGAACGGAUUCGGAGGCUUGCUGAAGAGAUUAUGAGUAUAUUUUUGUUUUGAGGUAUAGAUGAGUCUUUGUUAGCGUUGAGGAGAAUAUUAGCAAAUUUAUUUCCUUGAAUAACAGACUCAUCUAAAAAGCAGCCAAUGGUUUAAUAUUUUGCCAUUGACCAAGACUUGGUGGAAGACAUUUGCAUUGCUUCCCCAUUAUGUAAAUAAAUGUCUUAAGUGUGUAUAUACAAUAUAUGUAUGGACAUCAAGCAGCUAUUAAUAGUAAUCAAUCAAGUUCUCUA